GGAAACAAAAGACCCUUCGAUUGGGAGCGGAGAGGCAUCUCGGCCUCGGCCUUAACACGCCCCGUGAGAGCCCGGCCCCCUCCUGGAGCAGCCAACGCCGUCGCCGCCUCCUUCUCCUCCUCUCUCUUCCCCCCUCUCGCAGCUUCCCCAGACCGGCCCGCCCGCAUCCCCGGCUCCCCAUGGCGCUGAAACGGAUACAGAAGGUGAGAGCACCCGAGUGGGGCGGGCCGGGCUGGGCUGCUCGCCGUCCGUUGGGAACUGGGAGCUAAGUGAUCUGCAACGUGACCCACCUGCACACUGUUCGGCAGGACCUGUUGGAGAUGACUUGUUCCAUUGGCAAGCAACAAUUAUGGGACCUCCUGAUAGUGCAUAUCAAGGGGGAGUCUUUUUUCUCACGGUACAUUUUCCAACAGACUACCCAUUCAAACCACCAAAGAUUGCAUUCACAACAAAAAUAUACCAUCCAAACAUAAAUAGUAAUGGGAGUAUUUGUCUUGAUAUCCUGAGGUCACAGUGGUCACCUGCUCUGACUGUAUCUAAAGUUCUUUUGUCCAUAUGCUCUUUACUUUGUGAUCCUAAUCCAGAUGACCCUUUAGUACCAGAUAUUGCACAAAUCUACAAGUCAGACAAGGAAAAAUACAACAGACAUGCAAGAGAAUGGACACAGAAAUAUGCAAUGUAAACUUUGAAGACUUUUUCAUAUAUACCAGAGUACUGUAAAUUCUAGGGUUUUUUCAAAAUUAGAAGUAAAUGGAGCACAGUUUACUGUUUCAGUGUACCAUGAAGCCCUUUUUGAUUUUCACCCAUAUAAGUGUGUUUCUGGAACAAGGAAAUAACUACGAAAAUUAACAUGAAGACUGUGAUGAGAGUAUUUAUCCUUUUUGUAUGCUUUGCAAAAGACAUUUAUUAUGUUUUUUUAAAGAUAACGUGGACAUCUCUGUCUCCAGCCUACAAGAUCCAUAAUGCAGUUGUAGAGCAACCAAAUUAUUUUUGCUGAAAAACUAGGUGUUACAUGAGAGAUAUUCUGUGUGUCUUUGAGAUGUCAGUCCUGUAAGUCUGUGUUUGAAUUUCAUUCUUUGUUAGUUCAUUGUAUAAUUUGUAUUUUUUUACUGUAUAGACUAUAUUUUAUUUACCAUGCAAGUCAACUCACUUUAGACUUUCUGCACAGUAUUGAAAAAAAAAAUACAACUGCUAUUAAAUGAGUGAACUAUUCCUCCCCAGAGGAAUGCUCUAUAAACUGAUAAACUUCUUAAAACAAACUUUGCACUCUAAUUCUCAGUAUACUGAUUAUGGAGAAACACUUGGUUUUGAUUCUGUUGCAUACUUAAUUUUAUUGCAAUGUGAACUAAUUGCACUACUCUGUAGAAAGAAAUGUAACUAAUUUUGUUCUAUUCACAGCUGACUUUUUUAUCCCAUAAGGGCAGUAUAAUCUCUGACCUUUUAACAAAAUUGACUUGAAGCUUUUCCAUAUAAAUAAAAUGUGUUUUUUACUACUUGUCUUGGCUGUUCUUUAACUCUUGCACAUCCUUUACAUGUGCUUGCUCUGAAAAGAUCAAGUUAUUGUUAAAUGUGUGAAUUGCUAUUGGGAGAAAUUGGCCUGUGUGUUUGAAAUUGCUGUGAACUGAUAUUAUGGUAGCUGUUGCAUAACUUUACAUGCAAAUUCAUUGUGUUGUGUAUAUGAUCUAAGUUUUUGGAUCUUGUACCCACUACAAAAACUUCUCUUUGAUCUCCAAAUCUUGCUUAAAUUGAUAUCAACUAAUGUUGAAAUGUCACUGAAGCUUCUUCUCUCCCUCACGUGUAUAACAAUAUAUUGAUGUUAUACUUCCACACACUAAGCUGAUGCCUCUAAACGAUUAUAUGUAUACUUCACCUUGCAUGUAAGGAGAAAAACAGCCUUAGGGACUUUACAAAUAAGAGUGCUUUAAUUUUAAAAAAGUAUGUUGCUUCUGAGGUAGUAAAUUGUGGCUGUAGCAAUUCUAACUAAACACAACUUACUUGACUAGGAGGUUUUGCCACCAUAAACACCAUUUGACCCCUUUCAGAGAAGGGAAUAGAGUCCUAGUGUUUGGCUACACCAAGGAACAAUUAAACAAAAACCUCAAAACUGGAAUAGGUAGAAAUGUGGCAAGUAUCCCAGUGGCUAUUUUUUUUGUAUUACUGGACUUAAAUAAUAAUUAAAAAAAACCUGUUCAGCAUUUUAAUCUUGAAACUCUUGGAUAGUUCUGACAGCCUAGGAAAUAAAUCUCUACUUAUCCUAAUGGUCAUCUAGGCUUCAGUUGUUUACCUCAAUCUGUACAAUCAUAAGAUGGAAGCUUUCUGAAAUAAGCACUGAAAAAAAUUCAUUGCAUUCUGUAAGUGACUUUGCUUGCUGUGAAAAAAACCAUUUCUACAAAUAGCCAAUAAGUGUUUCAAUUUAGUAUAUGAUUGCUUCAGUGUACUUGAAAAAGGGGAUGCCAUAGCUUGAAAAGCAAAACUAUUCACAUUUUGACAUACUAAAAAAUUACCCCUUGGUAAAAUAUUCUGAUGGAGUGAUUUCCCAAACUUUUUUGCCCCUAUCUGUCUUAGAUGUUUAUGAUAGGCUUGUCCUGGAUUAAAUAAUUUAUAGUCCUUUAAUCCCUUACAAUAAACUCUUGUGUAAUUUGGUAGUUUGAUUUGCAUGCCUGUUAAGUGAAAGAACAUUUAAUCUUCUGCUUUGCUAAAAUUAUAUGGAGGCUGGUUUGAAACUGUUUAGAUGUUACUAUGCUUUGAAGUAUGCAUCAUACAAAAAGGAAUUUACUUACCAUAAUGCAAAGUCUUCAGGCUGAGCAAAAGGUGCAGAUCAACAAGCCUCUUAUUUUUGCUUCUUGAGAAUUGUUUGUGAACAAAUGUGUUGAGCCCAUACUUGUCUCUCUUUUCAGUGACAUUUAAAAGUAAAGUUCAGAGACUGGUUUUACAUACUGUCAGGCCAAUCGUAGCGCCUUUAAGCAGACAAGAACUCCAUUCUCUUGGCUUACUUUAAACCACAGCUUCUGAGGGUGUUAAGCAUUCCCUCUUAAGUAUUUUUGUAUUUCCUGGUAAAUGUUCUUUUGCUGUUUAAAUGAUCCAUUGUGAAAGUUCCUUCCCCGCCCCGCUCCUUGUAUCAUACAUUUGCUCAGUCCUGGUGCUUCCAUUAUGGUGGCAUAAAUGUUGUCUGUGCUUCAGUCCCCUCCACCAAAUACCAGUUUAUACUAUACAAUGCCUUAGCGAGGGCACUAACUGAGCCAUCUCAUUCUCUGUAUAUUCCUCACUUGGCACUAUUGGCAUGACUAAAGCAAAGGAUCUCUGUAUCACUGAAAUUCUUGAAGUGUAAUCUUUAGUCAUUCUAGUUGUUAAAUAAGGCGUACUUUCUAGCUACUUCUGAUGUGGUAAUUUUUCUGCCUAAAGAUGUCAGCUGAGGCUUGAAUGAAAAUAAAGAUUUGAUUUGAA